UCUAGCCUGUCUGGUCGCCACAGCUAUAAAGAGAGGGCUAGUCGCCGUAAAAUGGUGACGCUGGCUACACUAUGCCGCUCACUCCCGGUCUUACUCUUUUCCUCCUCCGAGGCCCAAGCCCUCAGGCCGCCCCUCCCCGGAGAGGACAGGAGAAGAUGUGGAAUUUCCAAAGCUUAUUGGACGCCGGUGGUGUCGCUCUGGGGGGCCGCCGGGCCCGCAGCGGCGAGCACCGCCCCUCUCGGACGGUGAUUGGGCUCGCCUGAGUAGACCCGGGCUGGGAUUGGUGCGAGGAAGGGCCAGAGCCUUCGGGCACCUUGGACCGGAGCGUGGGGAGGCGGUGGCAGCCGAGAAGCCGAACUGCCCAGGGCCUUUUCUGAUAUUGAGCACAAACGUGGGGAAUAUGGCAGAAAACAGGAAACCGCUGCUGGGCUUCGUGGGCAAACUCCCCAGUGGGACCACACUUGGGAACUCAGGCAAGACUCACUGUCCUUUGUGCAUGGGGCUUUUCAAAGCCCCCAGGCUCCUGCCUUGUUUGCACACAGUUUGCACCACCUGUCUGGAGCAGCUGGAACCCUUUUCAGUAGUGGACAUCCGAGGGGGAGACUCUGACACAAGCUCUGAAGGGUCACUAUUCCAGGAACUCAAGCCGCGCACUCUGCAGCCGCAGAUCGGCAUUCUCUGUCCGGUAUGUGAUGCUCAAGUGGACCUGCCCAUGGGUGGAGUGAAGGCUUUAACCAUAGACCACCUGGCCAUGAAUGAUGUGAUGCUGGAGAGUCUGCGUGGGGAAGGCCAGGGCCUGGUGUGUGACCUGUGCAGCGACAGGGAAGUGGAGAAGAGGUGUCAGACCUGCAAAGCCAAUCUCUGCCACUUCUGCUGCCAGGCUCAUAGGCGGCAGAAGAAAACAACUUACCACACCAUGGUGGACCUCAAGGACUUGAAAGGCUGCAGCCGGAUUGGGAAACCCAUCCUGUGUCCUGCUCACCCUGCGGAGGAGCUGAGGCUGUUCUGUGAGCUCUGCGACCGGCCGGUGUGCCGGGACUGCGUGGUCGGGGAGCACCGGGAGCACCCGUGCGACUUCACCAGCAAUGUCAUCCACAAGCACGGGGACUCCGUACGUGAGCUCCUCAAAGGCACCCAGCCCCACGUGCAGGCCCUGGAGGAGGCCCUGGCCCAGAUCAAGGGGACAAACAGUGCCCUGCAGGCGCGGGUGGAGGCUGUGGCCAACGACGUCCGAAGCUUCUCUGAGGGUUACAUCAAGGCCAUUGAGGAGCAUCGGGACAAGCUGCUGCAGCAGCUGGAAGACAUACGGGUCCAGAAGGAAAACUCCCUGCAGCUGCAGAAGGCACAGCUGGAGCAGCUGCUGGAAGACAUGCGGACUGGAGUGGAGUUCACCGAGCACUUGCUGACCAGUGGCUCGGACUUGGAGAUCCUCAUCACCAAGGGGGUGGUCGUGGAACGGCUCACAAAGCUGAACAAAGUGGAAUAUAGUGCCCAUCCCGGGGUGACCGAGAAGAUCGCCUUCUCCCCUAAAGAGAAAGCAGGCCUGUGCCGGGGCUAUGAAGUCUAUGGGGCCAUCAGUACCAAAGAGGUUGAUCCAGCCAAGUGUGUUCUUCAAGGAGAAGAUCUCUACAGAGCCCGCGAGAAACAGACCGCCUCUUUCACCCUGCUUUGUAAGGAUGCAGCAGGAGAGAACAUGGGCAAGGGAGGAGACAACAUCCAAGUCGCAGUAGUCCCCAAAGAUAAGAAAGACAGUCCAGUCAAGACGAUGGUCCACGAUAACAAGGACGGGACAUACUGUGUGUCCUACACCCCCAAGGACCCUGGUGUCUACACUGUGUGGGUGUGUGUCAAGGAGCGGCACGUGCAGGGCUCGCCAUUCACCGUGACCGUGAGGAAAAGGCACCGCUCACACCCAGGCGUGUUUCACUGCUGCACGUUCUGCUCCAGCGGAGGCCAGAAGACUGCUCGCUGCGCGUGCGGAGGCACCAUGCCAGGUGGGUACCUAGGCUGUGGCCACGGACACAAAGGCCAUCCGGGUCGUCCCCACUGGUCUUGCUGUGGGAAGUUUACGGAGAAGUCUGAAUGCACAUGGGCAGGCGGGCAGAGCGCACCGAGGAGUCUACUGAGGACGGUGGCGCUCUGACGGCUUCCUGGGUACAUGGUCACAGCUGCCGCCAGCGUGACUUCAGAUCAUCAGAGGACCCCGACCUUAAUUCCGCAGAAACCUAUAGAAUUAAAUUAAAGGGCCUUAUGUUAUACCCUCGAAUUCAAGUACUUUUUUGUGAGUUACUCACGGAUCGUAUGUGCAGAUGGUUGAGCACCAGAGAAAGCACUACGUUCCUCUUCCCAAUGGGUUGGCAGGGCCCUUUCUCUACCAGGGAGACUCCCUUGGCUUUGAACAUACAUGGCGGUUCCUGUGCCGUUGAUCAUGGGGGUCAUUUAGUUCCUUACUUUUUAAUAUAUAACUCUUUAAUUUCUCCCUGAGCUGCAUGGUAUUUAUUUCCCUCAGAGAGUAAAAACCUCCUUUGAGCGUAUCCACUUUUUGCUAGCACACUUUAAAUGGAUUGUAAUGUGAUAUUGCUGUUAGGGUGGAGGUCCUCCACGUCCCCCCUGCGCCACGUUCAUCACCUACUCCCAGAGCCUAGAAGAUUUACUCUGUGGUCAAGGGCACACACACAGUCAGUUAAGUAAAGGGGAAUGCUGUCGACACAGAACCUGAUACAUUUCUUGCAGAUGGUACUCAUGCCAAGUGAUCCAGAUACCAUGGUCUUCCUCAGUCUCUCAACGCUCUGCCCUUUAGAGAAUCGCCUUCACUUUUGUCUGUAGACCUAGGAAAUUAACUAGGAGCUUUGACUCCUGUGAUGUGCCUGCUUAGCUGAUGAGAAUUCUUGGGAGAGGAAGUACACAGCCCUGAUGCCCCAGCCCUGCCAAGGUCGUCACUGCAUGUAGUUUGUGUGUUCUUCUGGGCCUCUUGACUUUUAUAUAGCAAAAACGCAGCAUGUAUUAAAUAAAAUUCUUGGACUCUGCAUUGUAA